AUUUGGUCUUGAAUAGAGAAAAAAAGAUUCAGCUUGCCAAAACCACUAAACAGAACAAAAUGGACCCCAAAUCAUUCCUAAUCUCAUCUCUAAUCUUCUGUCUACUUUCAAAUUCUCCAAUACUGAUGAGUCUUGCUCAAAUCAACACUCCAUGUUCACCAACCAUGCUCUCUAGCGUUACAGGGUGCAUGAGUUUUCUAACGGGAGGUGCUAGCUCUCCGACUUCGGAUUGUUGUGAGGCUCUUAUAUCAUUAACCGGAACCGGCAUGGACUGUUUGUGUCUGAUUGUAACCGCAAACGUGCCACUCGAUCUUCCUGUUAACCGAACUCUAGCCAUCUCUCUUCCUCGAGCAUGUGGGGUCCCCGUUCAAUGCAAAGCUUCCUCAGCACUUCUUUAUGCUCCAGGCCCUGCAUCUCACGGUCCAACCACUUCCCCUCCUACAGAAACCCAAUAUCCUGAAGGCCCUGCUUCUUUCGGUCCGGUCACUUCUCCGACAAGUUCGAUGGAUCCUGAUGGCAUGCCUGAUAACGCGGAUUUUUCCGGACCGCGCAACGGAGGUGACCCGAGGGAGCCACCAAAGACUUCAGCGUCGUCGCCUUCCUCUUCACUCUCUCUCAAGCUUUCGCCUCUUCUAUUUGCUCUGUUUGCCUUUGAGUUUAUCAGUUUCUUCUAAUUCGUAAUAUAUGAUGUUCUUUACUUUCCUCUUUAUUUGAUUCUGGUUUUAGCCAGUCCCUUCUAAAUCUCUAUUUUAAAGUGCUUUCUGUAAUGUUUUUUUUCUAUAUGGGACAACGCGUUAUAUUGUUGGCUAUGAACUUGUAUUUACAUGCAAGAUUGGUUAUUAGUUUAUCUAGAAACCC